AGCUCAGAAGCGGGGACACCUCCCCAAUUCUUAACGCCCCCAAGGGGAGAGGAGAGGCCUUCCUCUCCAUACUCCUUUUCUGGAACACCCUGGCACCAAGGCUGGUGUGACGGGACCACCUCUGAGAAGGCUCAGUCCAUAGGUCACUCUGAGUGCUGCUCCCAGACCAAAGAGAACCAGUCAUGGCGGAGGAGGUAUGGGUGGGCACCUGGAGGCCCCAUCGUCCCCGAGGGCCCAUCAUGGCCCUCUACAGCAGCCCUGGACCCAAGUACCUGAUUCCACCCACCACGGGCUUUGUGAAGCACACGCCCACCAAGCUGCGUGCACCGGCCUACAGCUUCCGCGGGGCUCCCAUGCUCCUGGCAGAGAACUGCUCCCCAGGGCCCCGCUACAGUGUGAACCCCAAGAUACUGAGGACUGGCAAGGAUCUUGGCCCCGCCUACUCCAUCUUGGGGCGCUACCACACAAAGACCACACUGACCCCUGGCCCCGGCGACUACUUUCCAGAGAAAUCUACCAAGCAUGUGUUCGACUCGGCGCCCAGCCACUCCAUUUCUGCCCGAACCAAGACCUUCCGAGUAGACAGCACCCCAGGCCCCGCAGCCUACAUGCUGCCCAUGGUGAUGGGCCCCCACACGGUUGGCAAGGCCUCCCAGCCCUCCUUCUCCAUCAAGGGCCGCAGCAAGCUGGGAAGCUUCAGCGACGACCUGCACAAGACCCCAGGUCCCGCGGCCUACCGCCAGACUGAUGUCCAGGUGACUAAGUUCAAGGCUCCACAGUAUACCAUGGCUGCCCGGGUGGAGCCCCCAGGGGACAAGACCCUAAAGCCAGGACCAGGAGCCCACAGCCCUGAGAAGGUGACGAUGACCAAGCCCUGCGCCCCUGUCGUCUCCUUUGGCAUCAAACACUCUGACUACAUGACACCCCUGGUUGUGGAUGUGGAAUAGCCCGGCCCUGCCCCCGCCAUCGCUGGAAGCCUCUGCAUGUCACAUACCCCCACUAACAGACUCCCCGAGUUGAGGGCUAUGGGCGCCUCCUCCUCCGGCUGGGCUGCAGCCAGCCUGGCCCUGGAGGGCAGAGCAUGCUUGUUUGGACAAUUGCGAUCAGUUAUUUUUUUCUAUGCAUUCCCAUUUGCUAACCUUGUUUCUUGCUGUGCCCAGAUAUAUAAUAAAAUCAUGGAUUC